AUGAUUCGCACCUUCACCCAGUCUCGCUCCCGUCAACUCUACCUCCUCCUCAUCCUCCUCGUAUUCGUCUUCUACUCUCUCCCGUCCUCUCCGACUGCUAAAUUAAAAUCAGUCGACCUUUCGUCAAAACGAGCGUAUCCGCCACGUGAUAUCGUUGUUGCAGCUUUGAAACACGACGACGUCUCCUGGAUCGACAAGUUUUUAGCGGAAUGGCAGCCACGAGUCUAUAUUACCGAUGCAGCGCUGUAUUUCGACAAAACGAGCUUGACCGUACCGAGGAACAAGGGUCGUGAAGCGAAUGUUUAUCUGACCUAUAUUAUCGACAAUUAUGACAAGUUACCCGAUUAUAUGGUCUUCAUUCACAGUCUCCGGUAUCAAUGGCAUAAUGAAGAUCCAAUGUACGAUGGCGUUCCUGUACUUCGUAAGCUUCGAUUAUCCUACGUUGACAAGGCUGGCUUCGUUCCUCUUCGCUGCACGUGGACCUUGGGUUGUCCCUCCGAACUCAGACCUACAAAUCCAUUCGCAACCCGAAUUGACGACCGUUCGCAUACCGAAGAAGCAUAUGCUGAAGCAUUUCGACAAUUGUUCCCCAACAUGACAAUACCGGACGUCGUGGGUACCACCUGUGGCGGACAAUUUGCAUUAGCAAAAUGGAAGAUCUUAGAGCGUCCGUUGGAGGAUUAUGUGCGGUAUAGACAGUGGCUCAUGGAUACCCCAUUGCCAGAUGCCAUCAGUGGGAGGAUCUUCGAGUAUUCAUGGCAUAUUAUGUUUGGAAAGUCAUAUGUCAACUGUCCAUCUGCCAAAGAAUGCUUCUGCAAUACCUUCGGACUAUGCGACCUGGAGUGUAAUUCGGAGGGUGAAUGUGAAAAGAGGUACAUAUUACCUUUGUAUGCGGUAAUGCCACCUGGAUGGCCCCAGUACGGCCCUGGGACUGACGGGUGGCCGGAAGUAGGAUGGGCGGAUGGGAAGAAGAAGAAGAAGUAA